CCAUCAUCUUUGAUCCUUGUCGGAGAAGCCAUUUCCCACUCCCUCGCCAUCUAUACUCGGCGAUACUUUCUUCCCGCCUUUCUCAACUGAAAGUCGCAUUUGUGCGGCUCCGAGCCUUCCUAAAAACCCCAUCGAACCCUACCCUAGCCAAGGAAAGCAGUUGUCGAAGCAACCGUAGCAAGGAGGAGAUGUUGGAGUUGCGGCUAGUACAGGGAAGCCUUCUGAAGAAGGUCAUCGAGGCGAUCAAAGAUCUGGUAACAGAUGCUAACUUUGAUUGCUCGGCGACUGGGUUGUCUCUCCAAGCAAUGGACUCGAGCCACGUCGCCCUCGUUGCGCUCCUCCUCCGAUCUGAGGGUUUCGAGCAUUACCGCUGUGAUCGAAACAUCUCCAUGGGGAUGAACCUCAAUAACAUGUCUAAGAUGCUCAAAUGCGCUGGAAACGAUGACAUCAUCACCAUCAAGGGCGACGAUGGCGGCGACACUAUCACUUUCAUGUUCGAGAGCCCUAAUCAAGAUAAGAUUUCAGAUUUUGAGAUGAAGCUUAUGGAUAUUGAUAGUGAGCAUCUAGGCAUUCCGGAGGCAGAGUAUCAUGCAAUCGUGAAGAUGCCAUCUUCAGAAUUUUCUAGGAUUUGUAAGGAUCUCAGCAGCAUAGGAGACACUGUUGUUAUUUCAGUUACCAAGGAAGGAGUUAAAUUCACCACAAGAGGUGAUAUUGGAACUGCUAACAUUGUCUGCAGGCAGAAUAAGACUAUUGAUAAGCCAGAUGAAGCUACUAUCAUUGAGAUGAAUGAGCCCGUAAGCUUAACAUUCGCCUUGAGAUACUUGAAUUCUUUCACCAAAGCCACUUCCUUGUCCGAGUCUGUGACAAUAAGCCUAUCAUCUGAUCUGCCGGUGGUUAUCGAGUACAAGAUUGCAGACAUGGGCUACAUUAGAUUUUACUUAGCACCAAAGAUUGAAGAUGAUGAAGAAGACAUUAAGUCUUAAGGUUUCUUUUUAAUAUCAAUAUUUUCUUUUGACCUUUAUCUUUUAUGUGCCCUUUUUUUUAGGAAGAUCUCAUUGGCCUUUCACUUUGGAUGUAAUGUGAAGUUGCGAGCCAGGCUUUAUUUGGGACAGCUUUUUUCCUGCUUUUAAAAACAAAUUUUUAGUAUAAAAAUUAAAAUUUUUGUACUAAAAAGUUGUUUUAAGAAGCAGUAAACAAUCUCUUAGAUUUGUAUGCCUUAGAUCUUUGGAGAGUGAUUUGUUUGUU